UCUUCGAGCUCUCCGAGGCUUUCCCGAUCCUCUCUCAACAGCCAGCAGACAUGAAGUACUUCGCUGCUAUCGCUCUGUUCGCCCUGGUGGCCGUCGCCCUCACGGAGGCGAAACCCACCGGAGUGGAAUCCAUCGAACCGGCCGCGGCAGCGCGGGCCGAGUCCACCUCGCCGGAAGCGGGCAGGAACAAGCGAGGGCUGCUGCUGAGCGCGGCUUACACAGCGCCGCUCGCUUACAGUGCAUAUACCGCGCCAGCCCUCUCGUACUCCGCAUACAGCUACCCCUAUGCGUACACGGCCUAUUCGGGCUACCCCUAUUACGCCGCCGCCUACAGUGCGUACAGCGCGCCCUAUUACUUGGCCUAAAUACGCGACCGCACGAGCCCGAGGGAACACGCCAAACUACCGACCAGCCUCUCUAAUUUCGACCGGCCGCACGAGGAGAACACACUUGCAACGCGAUCACGUAAGAUAGUUUCAUCGACAGAAGUAUCUCAAUCGGAAUAUCCGAUCCGAUACGUCAAAUAAAAUCUGUUUCCGUCAAGAAAAGUGUUCGGUUCGUUCACAAGUGAAACGGGUUAUCUAUUUGCUUAGAUUCGAUUUUCGUGGAUAGGAAUUUCGUUUUACGAAGGUACUUUACUCGAGUUGCGUCGGUUCUUUGUAAAUUAUUCUUUGCAACUUGUUCAAGAGUCAUACAGGCACGCGGAAAAAAUAUGGGCAUGACGCAAAUAGUCAUUCGUAUGCAUGACAGAGAUUCUAAGAGGAACGCGAACAAACAGGAAGCGACCCAUAUUAAGAAUCAGGCCUUAUUCGAGUGAGGUACCUUCACUUUCGUUGCCGGUAAUACCUCUCUUACAGUUGUAUCUGUGGACUAUGUUAUUUACUCUCUAAGGAAAAUACUCAUACAUUUAUAUGAUCUAUUUGAGGGACACUUAUUACACCAUCACAUAUAUAUGCACACGUAUCUCUAUAGUAUCUCUUAUCAAAUAAUCUACGUAUUUACAUGAACAUGAAUGAAACGGACCGUCCACCAUCUGGAUUUGUACAAAGAGAACCAUUCGCACAACGCGAGAUAUGAUAUACAUAUAUUACAUUGCACUUCAUUUUAUAAAAUGUGAAAAAAGAUCAUUGAUAAAGCGUUGUCAAAAAUGUCUCUUUGCGCAUAUACGAUGCAUUUACCAUAUAAUUCAGUGAAAAUACCGCAAUUAUGAUAUCACAUACAGUGUAUUCUGCUAUUUCGCCUAAAUGUCUGUAUAAAUCUGAGUUGUCACCAAAAGAAUCUCAGCAGCGUGACUCUGUAUAAUAUAUCUCUUAUCGCAUAAAAUAUUAACAAAAAAAAUUGACGAAACGCUGCUAAUUCUUCUUCGCGCUUGUGUAUCUUCUAUAAGAUAUCUGCUGUGUAUUCAUAAAUCAUGUAAGUCACUGUAGAAAAUCAAAAUAUAACGCAUAAUACAACAAUA